AUGGCUAUGAACAGCGAGAAUCCAUUGCCGCAGCCUAACUUUGGGCUUAUUUCCGAGGGCUUUGGGUCAUUAUCGGAACAGUUCGCGCUUUGCGCUAACUUACCUGCCGUUAACAAUGGAGAUCGCUUAGUAACGACCUUGCAAACAAUCCUCAACCGGCUUGUGCAGCUGAACGAAAAGGCAGAUGCAUUAGAUCGCAAGGUCGAAGACCUGCGUUCAGAUAUGAGUGCAGAACGUCGAAAUGCAAUCGCGAGACUCCAGAACUCCUCGGUAAUGAGUGUGAGCGAGGAUCUGGUGGCCUUGCAUAACCCCGCCACGGGUGCCUUGAUUAAUAAUUUCCCGCCGACUCUUGGUCACCUGGACCGUCUAGAGAUGCGGCAGGUGAACGAGCUGUUGCAGCAGCUAGGCGAGGUAGGAACAGGUCGGAUCGACGAAAGGAGAAGACAUCUAAUGCGUACGAUCGGUGUACUUGCGCGGAAGUUGCGAUAG